GAUAUAUGUCUGAUCAGUUAUGCAUAUAGCAUAAUUGAACUGAUCAAUUUGGGAAAGAGUUGAUUGAGGAGAAGUGUUUUGAUUGAUGCCUGGAGUCUUUGGUUUUAGGCUGUGUUUGAAGCUUGUGUUAAGUUAAAGAUUGCAUCUUUCUGGAUUUUGGAGUGAUGCCCUUUUGGAAGUUUUUGUGGGUUUUUUCCUGUUUGUGUAAAGAUGAUGCCUUUUUUGACAUUUCCUUGAUGCUUGUUACGUUCGACGGUUAUAAUUUUUUGCUUGUGCAAGAAGAUUAUCUGUUAUGUAUCUAUCUUGUCUAUAAAUAUGUGGUUGUAUGGAGCCUUCGGUAAUUCAUUGCUUGGUUGAGUGAUUGGUUCAAAAUUUAUCAUAGAGGAAAUCGAGUUUUAUGAAAUGGCUGAGUAAGUUCUUCAAGGGCGGGGCGGGCAGCAGGGUGGUUUCAACCGGCUCACAGCAACCUCAGUUUCCAAGAGAGGAAGACAUGAUGUGGCGCGCUCCAUUUAGAUCCGUGGAUGAUCACUCUCGGGCCAGCAGAGAGAAAGAGGAAUUGGAUCGCGCCAUUGCACUCUCUAUGUCCGAAGAUUUAAAGAGGCCAAGUGGAUACAGGUGGCGAGCAGGAAAUGGUGACGAUCUAGCAAGGUCGCUCCACGACAGCUUCAGCUCUGUACCGUUGCCUUCGUAUGUCCCUAGAGACUACCAUCCAAGGGGAUCUAGAAUGUGCGCUGGCUGCAAACGUGAAAUCGGAUACGGGAACUAUCUCGGAUGCAUGGGGGCUUAUUACCACCCGGGAUGCUUCCGUUGCCACGCGUGUAAACACCCUAUUACCGAGCAUGAGUUCUCUUUGUCAGGAAGAGAAACAUAUCACAAAUCAUGCUUCAAAGAGCUCAAUCAUCCAAAAUGUGAAGUCUGUCAUCAAUUUAUCCCGACCAAUGGCAUGGGCUUGAUCGAGUACAGAUGCCACCCGUUCUGGUCGCAGAAGUACUGCCCUUCUCAUGAGCACGACAACACGCCCCGGUGCUGUAGCUGUGAGCGUUUGGAGCCACGGAACACGCGAUACAUAUCUAUGGGGGACGGCCGGUGCUUAUGCUUGGAGUGUAUGGAGUCGGCCAUCAUGGACACCGGUGACUGCCAGCCUUUAUACCAUUCGAUCAGAGACUUCUACGAAGGAAUGAACAUGAGAAUCGAGCAGGAAAUCCCAAUGCUUCUCGUUCCGCGACAAGCCCUCAACGAGGCCAUCGAGGGGGAGAAACAUGGUUACCACCACAUGCCUGAAACAAGAGGUUUGUGCCUUUCUGAAGAGCAGACAGUCACAAGUAUAAUGAGGAGGCCGCGACUGGACCAUCGUGGCCUAGUAGGUAUGAGAACGCAGCCGCAGAAGCUGACUCGAAGGUGUGAAGUUACAGCCAUUCUCGUACUGUAUGGCCUCCCAAGGUUACUGACCGGAGCAAUACUUGCACACGAGCUAAUGCACGGAUGGCUGAGACUCAAUGAGUUUCGGAAUCUGAGGCCGGAGGUGGAAGAAGGUAUCUGUCAAGUGAUGUCCCACAUGUGGCUGGAAUCGGAGGUGGUGCCUGAUUCAAGGAAUACGGCAUCCGCAUCCGCAUCUGCAUCAUCGUCGUAUGGAUCCACAUCCACAGCUCCAUCCUCCUCCUCAUGGCCUUCGUCCAAGAAAGGCGGUAAAUCAAGCGUCGAGAACAAGCUAGGGGUGUUCUUCAUGCAUCAGAUCCUGCACGACGCGUCUCCAGCUUACGGUGGAGGAUUCCGAGCUGCCAUGGCCGCAGUUAAUAAGUACGGCUUACGCCGUACCUUAGAUCACAUCCGCUACACAAGAACCUUCCCAGAAUAAUCACAAAAAUCAGAAUAGAACUCUGUUUCAGUUAUAGGCUUAUCACUGCUUGUCUAUUGAUAUCUUCUAUAUUCAUCUCUGUAAUGACUAAAAACCUCAAUCCAUACAUCAAUUAUGAGCUAAAA